AUGAGUAGCGAUUCAAAUAAAAAUGCCCACGAGUCGUUAGAGAACUCGGGUUUAUUCAACGACGAAAAUGCAUCAGACGGAAACGAUGUCGAGAACUUUAAGAAAAAAAUGAAAAUGAUUAAAGUAUUAAAUGUAAAGAAAAAUAAAGAAAUAAAGAAAGAUGGAAAGGAUAAGAAGAAAAGAAAACAUCAAAGGAUUAUCGAUGAUGAAAAUGAAGACGAGGGUGAUGCUAUUGAGAAAGAAAAUGUUCAAGGAGAUGAUGAAGAGGGUGCGUUUCUUUUUGGUAAUGAUGAUUUGGUUGAAGAGGAUGAGGAGAGACAUAAGAAGAAAAGGAAAAAAGAAAAGGAAGAAAAAGGUAAACACAAAAAAAAAAAAAAAAGUAUAAAGCCAAUAAUAGAAAAUGGUGAUACAGAUAAGAUUCAUAGUGAUGAUAGUAAUUAUAAUGACGAUAAUAAAAAGAAUAAUAGUAAUAAUGAUAAUAAUAUUAGUGAUGAUGAUGAUGAUAAUAAUAAUAGUGAAAGCAGCUAUGAUAAUAGUAUGAGCGAUCACAGUGAUAUUAAGAAGAAAACAAAAAAAAAAAAAAAGAAAAAAAAAAGCGAAUUUAUUGAUACCAUUGCAGAAGAAGGUGAUGAAGAUGAAAAAGAAGAAGAUGAAGAUUAUGAUGAUGAAAAUAAUAUAAAUAUAGAUAAAAUGAGUAGCGAAAAUAAAAAAUCAAAGAAUAUAAAUUUUGAUAAAUUAGGUUUAGGUGAUGAUGAUGAAGACGAAGAUAAUUAUAUGAACGAUUUUGGAAAUACAUCUAAUAUAUCAGAAAAGAAAAAAAAAUCUCAUUUUGAUGAAAUAUUAGAAAAUUUAAAAUCUAAAAGAAAAAGAGUUCAUAAGAUUUCAGAAGAUGAUGGAUUAAAUUAUUGUGAAAAUAUAUUGAAUCAGAUGAUAUUAAUGCAUGAACAAGAUAUACAAAAUAUGAAAGAAAAAAAGCCAGCAACAGCUAAAUUAGAAAUUAUAGAUAAUGUUUGUAAAAUAUUAACAAAACCUAAAUGGAAACCAUUUUUUAUGAAAUUAAAUAUAUAUCAUGUAUUAGCUUUAUGGUUGAUGCCAACAUCCAAAAACACAUUACCCAAUUUUACUAUAAGAACAAAUUUAUUGAAAGUAAUUCAGCAAUUACCAAUUACUAUUAAAUCAUUAAGAGGAAGUCAGCUAGGUAAAAUAAUGACUUAUUUACACUCACAUAAACAUGAAACAGAAGAAAAUAAAAAACUCAUAAAAAAUAUAAUGCAAAAUUGGAUGGGUCCAAUUAUAGGAAUUAAUACAAACUAUAAACAAUAUUUAAAAGAAAGACAAAAAAGGAUAUCUGAAAAUCCUGAAUAUCAUAAAAAAGUUCUUGAAAAGGCAAAAACAUUAAUACCUGAUUCUAUAUGUAUAGAAAAGGAAGAAGAACAAAAUGAAAUGAAAAGACAUGCAACUAUUCCAUAUAAUAGUGAAUGCUCAUUUCUAAUUAAUGUUCCCUCUUCUAUACCUAGUACUAGUAAAAAAAUUAUACCAAAAAGUAAAAUUAAGAGGUUAACAGAUAAUAUGAAAUUAUUGAAAAGAUGUAAAAAAAUGCAAAAGGUUUCGAUUGAAGGAAAGGGAGUAGCUGUUGCACCUUAA